AUGUCCGCAAUAGCUAUAAACCAGAAUUCCCAUUUAUCCACUAAUGCAAUUACUGGGAAUGCCAAUAAUAGUAUCCCUGAUUUAAAGAACAAUAAUUCAAAUAUAACUCAACAGCAAUACAGAUCUAUGCUUCCUCAGUCCCAAACAUCUGUGCCCCAGCAACCACAUCACAAUAAUAAUUUUAGUAAUACUGCUAUUAAUAGCAAUACAGUAAACACCAAUACCAGCACUGCUGCCCAACUACAAAAGGCCAAAGAUGACGGUACGGUAGUUGGCCUGCACUAUAAAAUUGGUAAGAAAAUCGGAGAAGGCUCCUUUGGUGUUUUAUUCGAAGGUGUUAAUCUUAUCAACGGUGUGGCAGUAGCUAUUAAAUUUGAGCCAAGGAAAUCCGAGGCACCCCAACUAAAAGAUGAAUAUAGAACUUAUAAGAUAUUAAACGGUACUCCCGGUAUUCCUCACGCUUAUUAUCUGGGUCAGCAAGGCUUGCACAACAUUUUAGUUAUUGACUUGUUGGGUCCUUCUUUGGAAGAUCUAUUUGAAUGGUGUGGUCGUAGAUUUAGUGUUAAGACUGUUGUUCAAGUUGCUGUUCAAAUGAUCACUUUGAUCGAAAAUGUUCACAAUCAUGAUUUAAUUUAUAGAGAUAUUAAACCAGAUAAUUUUUUGAUUGGUAGACCCGGCGAGCCUGACGAAAAUCAAGUUCAUUUGAUUGAUUUUGGUAUGGCUAAGCUAUACAGAGACCCUAAAACUAAGAAACAUAUUCCUUACAGAGAAAAGAAAUCUUUAAGUGGUACUGCUCGUUACAUGUCCAUCAACACACAUUUGGGUAGAGAACAAAGUAGAAGAGAUGAUAUGGAAUCUUUGGGCCAUGUUUUUUUCUAUUUCCUAAGAGGUCAGUUGCCAUGGCAAGGGUUGAAGGCACCAAACAACAAACAAAAAUACGAAAAGAUUGGUGAAAAAAAGAGAACCACAAAUGUUUAUGAUUUGGCCCAAGGUUUACCUGUCCAAUUUGGUAGAUACUUAGAUAUUGUUAGGAACCUAGAUUUCGAAGAGGUUCCCGAUUAUGAGGGUUAUAGGCAAUUACUAAUCAGUGCACUAACUGAAACAGGACAAGAAAUGGAUGGUGAAUAUGAUUGGAUGAAAUUAAAUGGUGGACGUGGUUGGGAUUUAUCUAUUAAUAAAAAACCUAAUUUGCAUGGAUAUGGUCGUCCAAAUCCACCAAAUGAAAAGAAAAAGAAACAUUCUAAUGGUGUUAAAGUCCCUCAGUCUCAAGUACCACAACAACAAAAACAACACCAACCACAGCCAUUGCCUCAAGUACCACCACCAUCAUCUUCUGCACAACCUUAUAAUAACAUUGGUGCGAACAACAACAACAACAAUGCUGCUACCGCACAUGUGAACACCGGUUCUGCUCCACUGGACCCCAAUUCCUAUGAAGCAUAUCAACAACAAACUGAACAAAAGUAUGCUUCUCAAACUAAUAAGACCAAUCAUGGUAAUACUACUAGUCGUCAUAAUAAGGAUAUCACAGAUAAGGAUCGUACUGGAUACCGCCAACAACAACAAGCUAAUUACGUUUCACCAGCAAACGCUCAAAAAACACAUUCUAAAGUUGCAUCUGCUAAUAAUAACGGCGGUGUUGGAGGAUCCAAAGGCGGUAAUGCUAGAGGUGGUAAAAAUGCCACCAAUAACAAAAACUUUUAUAAACAAGACGGUGCAUCUGAAACAUCUGAAGAUAAGGGGAUUAUGUCUAAAUUCGGAUGUUGCUAG